AAUUCUCAUUCAUUCCUCAAAUUUUAAACUCAGAAAUUGUUCAAAAACUUUUCCGAGAUAAUGGAGUCGAAGCAAGCAGCGCGCGAAGAGAGGGCUGAGGCGGCUGCCAGAACCGCCGCCGACGAACUCAGCCAGGUUAACAAGGAGAGGAGGGAGCUGGAGAGUGAAACCGUCAUGGUGGAUCGGCCGGAUUAUUACCGGAAAACAGAAGUCCGGCAAGAAGAAAAGUCUCCUGGCGUGAUUGGCAGCAUUAUCAAGACGGUGCAGGGGACCGUCGGCCACGCUAAAGAUGCUGUCAUGGGGAAGUCCUUCGAAGCACGUGACACUGCAGAGGAGACUGCCGACACUGCUGCCCGCAACGCCGCAGAUGCGAAGGAUGCGGCGGCGGGGAAGCUCGGCGAGUAUAAAGGCUAUGCGUCGGAGAAGGCCAAAGAUACGACGGUCGAGUACAAAGACUCUGCGGCGGAGAAGGCUAAAAACGCCAAGGAUGCGACGCUCGACAAGGCGAACCAGGCCACGAAUGUGACGGCGGACAAGGCGAAGAACGUCAAGGACGCGACGGUCGACAAGGCCACACAGGCGAAGAAUGCAACCGCAGAAACGGCGAAGGACGCGAAGGACGCGACGGUGGACAAGGCGGCGGAGUACAGAGAUUACACCGCUGAGAAAGCGAACCAGGCCAAGAAUGCAACGGCGGAAACGGCGAAGAAUGCUAAGGACGCGACGGUGAACAAGGCAGCGGAGUACAGGGAUUAUGCGGCGGACAAGGCGAGUCAGGCGAAGAAUGCGACGGUGGAGACGGCUAAGAACGCGAAGGAUGCGACGGUCGAUAAGGCAAAUCAAGCGAAGAAUGCGACCAUGGAGACGGCUAAGAAUGCGAAGGAUACGACGGUGGAAAAGGCAGCGGAGUACAGAGACUACGCUGCUGAGAAGGCAAGCCAGGUGAAGGAUGAUACGGUGGAGACGGCUAAGAACGAGAAGGAUACAACAGUGGAGAAGGCGGUGGAGUAUAAGGAUUAUGGCGCUGAGAAGGCUAAAGAAGGGAAGGAUACCACAGUGGGGAAGAUCACCGAAUUGAAGGACUCGGCGGCUGGGGCUGCGAGAAGGGCGGUUGGUUACUUGACGGGGAAGAAAGACGAGACUACGCAGGCAGCUGUGGAAACCGGGGAGGCUGCGAAACAGAAGGCUGGAGAGGCAAAGGAGGCAGCCAAGGGGAAAUAUGAGGAGACAAAGGAAGAAGCGACGAGGAAAAUGGAGGAUAUUAAAAUUGAAAGCCAGCGAGACACUGGUGACAUUAACAGAGGCAGUGGAGGUGGAGGAGGAGGAGUUUUUGGUGCGCUAGGAAGCAUGAAGGAUGCCAUAAAGGAUAAGCUAACACCGCAUCCAGGAGAUAAGGUAGAUGAGAAGGGGACGCCGGUGGCCGUGAGGGUGGAUGUGGAGACCACAACGGCUGGGCCUCCCGCCUCCCGCCUCAGGGAGGCUGACCAGACGUUCAACGACGUCGGGCCAUUGGAUGACGAGGGCACCACGGCGCGUUGAUCGUCCCGGGAAAAUGUGAUUCCGAGGAUGCUUGGGCUGCUCUGCCGUAUUUUGUUUUGUUUUGUUUUGUUUUGUUCUGUUCUGGCUGAUUCUGGGUUAUCUACGUUUUUCUUUUUGUUGUUUACAAAAAUUUGG